AUGCACUACAAACUACAAGGCAGGCCACAAGCUGACGGAGAGACAGUUGGAAAGACCUCGCUGAUCACCCGGUUCAUGUACGAUUCGUUCGACAACACGUACCAGGCCACUAUAGGGAUUGAUUUCCUCUCCAAGCUAUGGGACACGGCCGGCCAGGAACGGUUCCGCUCCCUGAUACCGUCGUAUAUCCAGAACUCGAACGUGGCGGUGGUGGUAUACGACAUCUCGAACGCAAAGUCGUUCCAGAACACACGCAAAUGGGUAGACGACGUGCGUGACGAGCGAGGGAACGACGUCAUCAUCGCACUGGUCGGCAACAAGACGGAUCUCAACGACAAGCGGGAGGUCACGACGGAGCAGGGCGAGGAGGAGGCGAAGAAGAACGGGCUGAUGUUCAUCGAGACGAGUGCGAAGCUGGGACAUAACGUGAAGAACCUGUUUAAAAAGAUAGCCCAGGCGCUGCCGGGCAUGGAGGGGGAGACUCCCAACAGCGACAACCAGAGUACGUUGUCUUCCUGUCUGAUGCAGUGA